AAAAUAGUAAAGGCGGAAAAGAUAAAGGAUACAGAGCGCAGCGCAGGGCGCCCGCUUCCUUCCUCCCCUCUACUCCGAUCGCCGCCGUGGUAGUUAACUACCCCCGCAGAUCCUCCGUCCCGUUCCUUCCCCUGCCUUGCCUUGCCUAGCCGCGUAAGAGGGUGGUGCGAGGAAGGGAGCCUCGCAGCGGGAAACGGUGCGUGCGCCGUAGCGUCUGCAGCCUUGCCGGCCGCCAUGGACAAUAAGGACAAGGAGCACGUGAACAACGACCACGCGCCGCCAGAGGAGGAGGAGGAGGACGAGGAGGCCAAGCGCGCCGUCGUGCUCGGCCCCCAGGUGCCCCUCAAGGAGCAACUCGAGCUCGACAAGGAUGAUGAGAGCCUGAGGAGGUGGAAGGAGCAACUCCUUGGGCAGGUUGACACAGAACAGCUUGGAGAGACUGCGGAACCGGAGGUGAAGGUGCUGAACCUGACUAUCCUGUCGCCGGACCGGCCUGACCUCGUCCUGCCGAUCCCCUUCGUGGCGGACGAGAAGGGUUACGCCUUCGCGCUCAAGGACGGCAGCGCCUACAGCUUCCGCUUCUCAUUCAUCGUCUCCAACAACAUCGUGUCAGGGCUCAAGUACACCAACACCGUCUGGAAGUCUGGAUUAAGAGUGGAGAACCAGAAGAUGAUGCUGGGGACUUUCAGUCCCCAGGCAGAACCCUACACAUAUGAGGGUGAAGAAGAGACCACACCUGCUGGCAUGUUUGCAAGAGGAUCCUAUUCUGCCAAAUUGAAGUUUAUUGAUGAUGAUGGCAAGUGCUACUUGGAGAUGAGUUACUACUUCGAGAUUAGAAAGGACUGGCCAGCCGUCCAAUGAUGUGGAACAAGGCUUCAUGUUAGCUCAUAGCUACGCCAAGGCAGAUUUGUGCUGUUGCUUCUAGAAACCAUUCGCUAUCACGUCGCCAUCGCCAUUAACCGCCUUUUAAAAAUUUGUUUCGAGCUUAAUUUCCACUCUCUUUUCUCUUUCUUUCUUCGCAUAAUGUUCAUUCAACUCGUUAUAUAAUCGGCUCUCCCUGGAGAUACUCUGAUAUUUAUUGUACCCGAACGACAUGUUGAUUGUCUGAAACACACAUGCUUUGCUCUGUGUCUUUAUGGUGUAACUCUUUCGUCUGUUAGACAGUUAAUUCCAGAGCUUCAUUCC